AAGGCAGGGCGCGCGGGCGUGAGGCGCGAGGCGGGUAGCCGUUGACAGUUGGUGCUGUUCGGCGGAGAGAAGCGGACGUCGUCUGGCGCAGCCGAAGCUCCUCACCUUAUCAAGGCAUCAUGCGUGAAUGCAUAUCUAUCCACGUUGGUCAGGCUGGGGUUCAGAUUGGCAAUGCAUGUUGGGAAUUGUAUUGUCUUGAACAUGGGAUCCAGCCUGAUGGUCAGAUGCCCAGUGAUAAAACUAUUGGAGGUGGAGAUGAUUCAUUUAACACUUUCUUCAGUGAGACAGGAGCUGGUAAACAUGUUCCCAGAGCAGUAUUUGUGGACCUUGAGCCAACUGUAGUUGAUGAAGUACGUACAGGCACAUAUAGGCAGUUAUUCCAUCCUGAACAGCUCAUUACUGGGAAGGAAGAUGCAGCUAAUAAUUAUGCCAGAGGCCAUUAUACCAUUGGAAAAGAGAUUGUUGAUCUAGUGCUAGAUCGCAUUCGCAAACUGGCUGAUCUGUGUACAGGGCUGCAAGGUUUCCUUAUCUUUCACAGUUUUGGAGGAGGCACGGGUUCAGGGUUUGCAUCUCUCCUCAUGGAAAGGCUCUCUGUUGACUACGGCAAAAAAUCUAAACUAGAGUUUGCGAUUUAUCCAGCACCACAGGUUUCCACUGCUGUGGUGGAACCCUACAACUCAAUUCUAACUACCCACACAACAUUGGAGCAUUCAGACUGUGCUUUCAUGGUAGAUAAUGAAGCCAUUUACGAUAUAUGUCGUCGCAACCUUGACAUCGAGCGUCCUACUUACACCAAUUUAAACCGACUUAUUGGGCAAAUUGUCUCAUCCAUCACAGCCUCACUGCGUUUCGAUGGAGCCCUCAAUGUAGAUCUGACAGAGUUUCAGACCAACCUUGUUCCAUAUCCACGAAUCCAUUUUCCCCUGGCAACAUAUGCCCCUGUCAUCUCUGCUGAAAAAGCGUAUCAUGAGCAGUUAUCAGUGGCUGAGAUUACCAAUGCUUGUUUUGAACCAGCCAACCAGAUGGUAAAAUGUGACCCUCGUCACGGCAAGUAUAUGGCCUGCUGUAUGCUAUAUAGAGGUGAUGUUGUUCCCAAGGAUGUUAAUGCAGCUAUCGCUACUAUCAAGACUAAACGAACCAUUCAGUUUGUGGAUUGGUGCCCCACUGGAUUCAAGGUGGGAAUUAACUACCAGCCUCCAACUGUGGUGCCAGGUGGUGACCUUGCAAAGGUGCAGCGAGCUGUGUGUAUGCUGAGUAAUACAACUGCUAUUGCUGAAGCAUGGGCUCGUCUUGACCAUAAAUUUGAUCUCAUGUAUGCUAAGCGUGCCUUUGUACAUUGGUAUGUUGGAGAAGGAAUGGAGGAGGGAGAAUUUUCUGAGGCCCGGGAAGAUCUGGCUGCCCUUGAAAAAGAUUAUGAAGAAGUUGGGGUAGAUUCGGUGGAAGCAGAGGCGGAAGAAGGGGAAGAAUAUUAAGAAAACUGAAGUCUGAAAACGUAUUUCAAAAAAAAAAAAUU